AAUAUCCUCAGAUAAAGGCGUGGUUCAUAUGAAGCGUCCCGCCUCUUGUGAAGACGGACUAGACGACUUCGCUUCCUGUUUAUGCAAUAAAAAAAUGGCGGCGCACGUACCUACGUGUUAUGACUCGCGAAGAGGCAGGAAAUGCUGAAAAAUGCUUUAUCGUAAAAUGUAGAGAGUCAAGGCGUAUGAGACUGUUGGCGAGGUUAAUGAUUUUGAUUGCUGUGAAAUGUCAGAUAACUAGUUAGUUUUAGUUUUAGCCUUAAAGCACGCUAGCUAACUAGCUACCUUUGCUAUUCAUAAGUACCUAAAGUCACACAAAUAUAUACAAGGGCUUGGCGUUGAACGUUUGACUGCGUAGAAUUGUUUUCUUAACGCAAGCAGAGGUCAUAACUAUGACAACGCUGCGAUGUGAAAGGGUACUGCAGCUCACCCUUGCGGUCAUCAAACCGGACGCUGUUGCUCAUCCUCUAAUACUGGAGACUCUUCACCAGAAGAUUCUGGAGAACAACUUCAUCGUUGUCAGGAAGAAAGAUCUGUGGUGGAGAAGGAAAGAUUCUGAAAGCUUUUAUGCAGAACAUAGUGGACGAUUCUUCUACCAACGACUUGUUGAAUUCAUGUCAAGUGGUCCAAUGAGAGCUUACAUCCUGGCCAGGGAGGAUGCUGUUGCUCACUGGCGGGAAUUGAUGGGUCCUACUAAAGUGUAUCGGGCGCGGUACACUGCGCCAAACUCCGUGAGAGCCCUGUAUGGGCUCACUGAUACCAGGAACACCACUCAUGGUUCAGAUUCGGCGGAGUCAGCUAAGCGAGAGAUUGCCUUCUUCUUUCCAGAAUUCAGUGUUCAGCAGUGGCUGGACAAAGAGGAACAACGCUUUAGGGCAGGACAUGUGGAAUAUGAUCCGCAAAGGGAAAUUCAUACUCCACUCAGACAAAGCUGACCAUCCAGCAGCUUAUUGAAGUCCUGGACUAACUCCACUCAGAGCUGACCAUCUAGCUACUUAACAAAGUCCUGGAUUAAUGCACAGAAAGAGCUAGAGGCAAUGAGCAUACCCAAAGAGUCACCCUCUUUGGACUCGCAGAACUCAAACAUGUGUAUGGUUCAUUCUUUUGCAGUUGUUCCAGCAUGUGCCUGAGUUUGAGAUGUUUUGUAUCAGUUGUCUUCUUAAAUGAUGGUGGCACCAUGUGCACUUUGAAUCUGUGCUUUUAUUGAGGAACACUUUCCAAUAGAUAUUUUGUCCUUAGCUAAACAGGAAAAUGCAAACAAUGCCAACAAGAACAAAGUUUUCACAGUGUCAUAAUAGAACCCUGGACAUUGUUUUUUCUGUUGAUUAUUCUAAACAAAACAAUGCGAUAACGAAAAUAUCUAGGAUAUUAAGACCCAUAUUUCCUAUAUUUUGGUAGGUUGGAAGAUUUUCAUUUGUAAGUAUUUAGAAUCAAAGAAUGCCUUGAAACCUAUCUGGAAAGAUCACGCAUGUUAACAGUUCAACACUGAAUAAAAACUCAAAAUGGGUAAUGUCCAUAUUGGUUAUUUUUGAUCAUACUUGCUUGUUUUUGCUUGGCAUAAAACUUCAUUUG